AUUUUUAUACGAAACUAAACAAGAUUGCGGCUGAUGGAGACGGUAUCCAUGACAACGCUUGGCAAAUUUUAAGUUCGAAGUUUAGCAAAAGUUUAAUGCUUACGUUUAACGCGAAUAUCUUUUUCUACGGGUAAAACUUUAUAGUUUCUAAAGGUAGUUUAAAGGAAAUAAUAGAUAGGAAGAAACUUCUUCAUAUAAUUAUUGAAUUGCUCAAACAUUAAGCUGGAAAUAAAUUUUCAAUCAUGAAUAUUGAUUUCUAAUAAAUUUGAAAUCCUUGAGUGAAAGGAUAUAAUCACCUUCAAAGAUAAAAUACAUAUGAAGUGUAUGUACAAAAUAUCUGUUAUUUAAAUAAAGAUCAUUUGAAAAUGUCUGAUAGUGAAGGAAGUUUGUUUUCUGAGAAUGAAAGUGACCAGGGAGGUAAUGAGAGUGAGCAAGAACAGGAAGAAGUUGCUAGUGAUGCAGGCAGCGAUGAUGAUAGUCCUGGUGGAUUAGAUGAUGAGGCUGAAGAAGUACCUGACGAUGUUGCUGAAGCAGAAGCAGAACCUGAAGAAGAACCAGAAGGUGAAAAUUUAGAUGAAGAAGAGGAGGAGGAAGAUGAUGAUGAUGAUUAUGAAGAAGAUGAAGAGGAAGAAGAAGAGGAGGUGGGGCAUAAAAGAAAAAGGAAAAGACCCCGGUAUGACUUUAUCCUUGAUGAGGCAGAGGUCGAUGACGAAGUUGAAGAGGAAGAAGAAUGGGAGGAAGGAGCUGAAGAUAUUAUUGAUCGUACACGACCUAAUGAAGAAACUACAUCAAGGGACAUUGACAGUCAUCGCCGCCUGCAGAUGAUGUGGACUUCUCAGAAGGAAGAUGAAAUUGAAGAUUAUUAUAGAAGAAAAUAUGCUGAAACGUCAGCAGCUGAACGAGGCUAUGGUGAAGGUGAUAUGGAAUUGUCAGAUGAAAUUGCUCAACAGACAUUACUCCCGGGAGUUAAAGAUCCUAAUUUGUGGAUGGUUAAAUGCAAAAUAGGGGAAGAAAAAGCAACAGUACUUUCAUUAAUGAGGAAAUUCAUUGCAUAUCAAUACAGUGACGAACCAUUGCAAAUAAAAAGUGUAAUCUCUCCUGAAGGUGUUAAAGGUUAUAUUUAUAUUGAAGCAUAUAAACAGACCCAUGUCAAACAAGCCAUUCAGCAAGUAGGCAGUUUACGAAUGGGACAGUACCAGCAAACGAUGGUUCCCAUUAAAGAAAUGGUUGAUGUUUUGCGUGUCACUAAAGAACAAGCUCAAUUGAAAGCAAAACAAUGGGUGAGAUUGAAACGUGGAAUUUAUAAAGAUGAUUUAGCUCAGGUAGAUUUUGUAGAUACAGCACAGAAUCAAGUGCAUUUAAAAUUAAUACCACGUAUUGAUUAUACUAGAUUACGUGGAGCAUUAAGGACUACAUCUAAUGAACCAGAGAAAAGGAAAAAAAAUAAGAGACCAGCAUCAAAGCUAUUUGAUGUUGAUGCUAUCAGGACAAUUGGUGGAGAAGUUACAACAGAUGGUGAUUUUCUUAUUUUUGAAGGAAAUCGUUACAGUCGGAAAGGAUUUUUGUUUAAAGCUUUUGCUAUGUCAGCUAUUAUUGCUGAUGGUGUGAAACCAACUCUUUCCGAAUUAGAAAAGUUUGAGGAACAACCAGAAGGAAUAGAGCUUGAAUUAACUGACAGAAGAGGAAAAGAAAACCAGAGUCACAAUUUUGCAGCUGGGGAUAAUAUAGAAGUAUCAGAAGGUGAAUUGAUUCAUUUGCAAGGAAAAGUCAUUUCUGUCGAUGGAAAUAAAAUUACAAUGAUGCCUAAACAUGAAGAUUUAAAAGAUCCUUUGGAAUUUCAAGCUAAUGAGUUAAGAAAAUAUUUUAAAAUGGGAGACCAUGUUAAAGUAAUAGGUGGACGUUAUGAAGGAGACACUGGAUUAAUUGUUAGAGUUGAAGAAAAUCUUGUCGUCUUGUUUUCAGAUUUAACAAUGCAUGAACUAAAAGUAUUACCUAGAGAUCUUCAACUAUGUUCAGAUAUGGCAACAGGUGUAGACUCUUUGGGCCAGUUCCAAUGGGGUGAUCUUGUACAAUUAGAUAGCCAAAAAUUAAGAUUUGACAGCAUAUUAUCAGGUCGGCAAGGUGAAAUUAAACACCUCUAUAGAAGUUUUGCAUUUCUUCAUUCACGUAUGCUGCUGGAUAAUGGUGGAAUUUUUGUGUGUAAAACAAGACAUUUAGUACAGGCUGGUAGUUCAAGACAAUCAACAACGUCGUCUGUAGCUGGCUACAUGUCUCCAAGAAUCUCUAGUCCUAUGCAUCCUUCAGGUGGAGGUCAGUCACCUGUUGGAGGAGGUGGAAUGGGAAGAGGAAGGGGGAGACGAGAUAAUGAAUUAAUUGGCCAAACUAUAAAAAUUACCCAGGGUCCUUACAAAGGACAUAUAGGCAUUGUAAAAGAUGCUACGGAAUCCACUGCUCGUGUUGAACUGCAUUCCAAAUGUCAGACUAUUUCUGUAGAUAGAACAAGAAUUGCUGUUAUUGGUGGUACCACAAAAGUGGCAUCAUUCAGCAGGACUCCAAUUUAUGGAAGUCAAACUCCAAUGUAUGGUAUUGGAUCGAGAACACCAAUGUAUGGUUCUCAGACACCUCUUCACGAUGGAAGUAGAACACCACAUUAUGGAAGCCAGACACCCCUACACGAAGGUAGUCGAACUCCAAGUCACGGUGGUGCUUGGGACCCAACAAAUGCAAACACUCCAGCAAGGUCAAAUGAUUUUGAGGAUUAUCAUUUUGACGAGCCGUCCCCAUCACCAAGUUUUAAUCCAGCCACACCUGGUUAUCAACCAGAAACUCCACAGGGACCCUACACUCCCCAAACACCUGGAAGUACUGGAAUGUACAGUUCUGAUCAUACAUAUUCUCCAUAUCAAGCCUCACCAUCUCCAACUGGAUUUCAAGGUACACCGAGCCCUUCAGGAUAUAUACCUACUCCUAGCCCAGCUGGAAUGCAAGCAACUCCUUCUCCAACAGGUUAUAAUUACAGUCCUACAACACCUGGAGCACCAUCUCCUUUCAAUCCUCAGACUCCUGGUGCAGGUAUGGAACACAGCUUUUUAUCUUCAGAAUGGCAGACCACAGACAUUGAAGUUUGCAUUAAGCAGACUCACGACGAUGCCGGAUUAAUUGGACAGACUGGAAUUAUACGUGGGAUAUCUGGCGGUAUGUGCUCGGUGUUUCUACCCAAAGAAGAUCGGGUGGUCAACAUUCUCAGCGAACACCUGGAGCCUGUCGUUCCUUCUAACGGUGACAGGGUGAAAGUAAUUGAAGGAGAAGAUAGAGAAAUAACCGGUAAAUUGCUCAGUAUUGACAAUAACGAAAGCGUGGUGAAGGUCGAUCAUGGAGACGAUCUGAAAAUGCUUCCUCUUGGUUUUCUGUGCAAAAUGAAGUCAAACUAAAAGUUUUGAGUAAAAUGUGAAAGUUUUUUAUAAAUGCUUUUUAGUUAAUUUUUUUUUUGUUAUUUCAUUUUACUCAUUUGGACAUUGCAACAGAUGGAAGUUCAUUGGAUUAUAAUCACUCAUAUUCACUUGUACAUGUUGUAGAAUCAUUUAAUAAAAAAAAACAAAAAAUA